GAGGAAGGGGAAGAGAUGGAGAGGAGUAGAGGGGUGGCGCAAUUCGGGUUCGGUGGUGCCGCUGGCGGGGGCGGACUCCUCUUGCUCCUCCUCGUUCUCUUUUUGAGUACCGCUGCCGCUACUUUGGAGGCGGAUUUGGAGAAGCGUAGCGGAGGGUCGGUGUCGCGCGACUCCACAAAGGAUAGUUGUAAUUACACGAUCUUAAUUGAAACUACAUGUACCAAAGGGGCAGGCACAGCAGACCAAGUAAGCUUAAGAUUCGGUGACUCGAACUCGACAGAUAUCUUAGUACGUCAUCUCAAAACCAAACACACAAAAUGGGUCGAUGAGUUAGGUCCAAUGGUGCUCGAUGAUGUGCCAAGAGUACCAUUUCAAGAAUGCUCAAUUGAUGUGUUCAAGAUCACUGGCAAGUGCAUCCAUUCACAAGUUUGCUACUUCUAUCUGAAGCAUAGAGGUGAUGAUGAUUGGAGGCCUGGUCAAGCUCAAGUGGUAGUGACAGGUGCAGCCAAGCUGUCCUCUAACUCAUUCUAUUUUCGAAGGUUCCUUCCUCGUCGAGUCUGGCAUGGGAUCGACAAUUGCGAGGUCGAGGUUACUCCAUUUGGGAUUCGGCAUCCAAGGAGAGUCUUUGGCAGCAAACACGAAUCAAAGUUACCAUAAGCUUGUCACCUAUCAUCCAGUGCAUAUGUCUUAUGCAUGAUUAAGUGGAACAAGUUGCAUGAAUUGUUGGCUUAAUGGGUUAUCAAAAGCAAGCACCAGAUAGAUUAUCCAAUGUUAAUUUUGCUAUAUGUGCACAAUAAAGAUUUAGAGUAUGAAUCCAAA